CAUAUGGUAUUAAUUUUAGUUGUGGAGGUCUUAAAAAGGUCUUAAAUUUGAGCUUAAAAAUCAUGCAGAAACCCUGUAAGGAACUGGUUUUAAGAGGAAUCAGAACACGUGUUAUAUUAUAUUCCCAUUUCUACUUCAAACUCAGCUGUGUUGUGCUGCAGGGUGAGUUUGGUGUGUACCUGGUAUCUGACGGUUCCAGCAGACCUUACCGCUGCAAGAUCAAGGCGCCUGGCUUUGCCCACUUGGCUGGUUUAGAUCAAAUGUCUAAAGGACACAUGCUUGCUGACGUGGUGGCAAUCAUCGGUAAGUCUCUCUCUCAUUGAUGCACAUCUCAGUUCGGUCUGUUUUGUAGAUUUGCAUAUCACAGCAAUGAACUGCACAUUUGUUUGAAGUAUUACAUUU